CUCGUGUGACUUGAAGGUCCUGGCUCAAAUGAAGGGGCGCACGCUGGGCAACAGCACCAGCCGCCUUCGCUCCUUCCUGCUGGAGCAGCACACAGCAGAGUGGAUGAGGAUGAGCACUCUGUUCCUCCAUACCUGCUGGGAUGAGUCCAGAUGCCCCCUCCUCCCCCUCUGCCCACCAUGGAGCCUGUACCCAGCAGCAGCUGGCUGCUUUCCACGUAUGCCAGGGAGUCCUUUACCAGGAUUGAUGAGCUGCAGGCAAAGGUGACCUGGACCUUCGGCUCCAUCCUGAAGAUGGAUUCCACAAAGAAGGUGACCAGGAAGCUGGCUGGGAGAGACGCUGGUACCGCUCAGUGGAUGAGCAGCGUGGGGAACGAACUGGGGCAGGUCCUCAUCUCUGUAAUGACGGCGGCGGAGGGCUAUGGCCUGAAGGACAUGGCGAGCGGCCUGCAGGAGCGGUACCAGCGAGCGGGACGAGAUCCUCCACUCGUCCUUUAUGUGGACAGGGACUGCUGCAGGAGGGACGGAGGAACCUGUGCGGCCGGCGCUCUGUUCCCCGCGUGGCCGCAGCUCUGUGUGCGACUGGACAUCUGGCACUUUGUGCGCAGGCUGGCGGCAGGCGUGACCUCAGAGAGCCACAUCCUCUACCCAGACUUCAUGCGGCGUCUCUCUGCCAGCAUCUUUGAGUGGGACCCGGAGGACAUGUCCAGCUUAAAGACAGCCAAGCUGUCAGACCGGUCCAGGAGGGGGAACAGGCUGACCGUCAAGGAGAUGGCUAAGCACUGUCGCCGUCACACGCGCGGGGCGGAGCUGACCGAGCGUCUCCUUGACGACACCAUCCAAGUGUUCAUGACAGUCACUGACAGCAUGGGCGUCCCCCUGCUGGACCGGGACCGCAUGGAGGGGAUCUGGAGGACUCAGAGGAAGCACGUCGCCUGCAUCCAGGAUCCUGCCGGUGUUCGGCUGUACAAGCGGACUGGACAGCUGACGAGCAGCCAGGUCGUUCUGCCGGUGUAUCGCUGCGCCCGCGGGUCCACAUUGCUGGAGUCGUUCCACCUGCACCUGAACAGGUUCAUCCCAGGAACUGCAGCCAGAGGCUGCUUCUUCCAGAUGUUCCUGUUGGAGGGGCUGACGAGGUGGAACGAGGACCGCGCGCAGGCGGCAGCCAGCAGGGGGAACAGCGGCAGGAAGUGCUACAGUGGACAGGAUGUGCACACGCUCAACGAGCUCAGUCAGCAUUUCUACCGGUUGAAGCUGGCUGAGAUGUUCACCAGUCCGCUGCUGUACACCGGGGAGCUCAUCGGGAUCAGUUACCUGUACAAUCAGACCGGGAAGACGCUGCAGGAGUUCCCUGAUGACCCUGACGAGCACGAUGGCUCCUCCUUCACCCCAAAAUCAACUGCCUGGCAUCGCCAGAGGCUGCAGGAGAUGCAGGCAGAAGCAGCUCAGAGGGGAGAGACUGUCAGAGUGAGGAGGCCCUCCAUCAUCCGCUGUGGUCACUGUGGGCAGAGGAAGAUAAAGGAGACUGGACACAGAGUGCUGAGGAAGGAGAGUGGGGAGAGGGUGACCUUCUGUCCUGUGGCAGCCAAAGGACAGAGUCCAGAGGAGUGGCUGUCCUCCCUCCAGUGA